AUGCAAAACUUCCGAAGAGACAUCAUCAAACAAUGGAUGUCAGAAGCGAAAAAACGAACGUCCCGGUCCGUCAGUAACGAAAAAAUCGAGGACCAAGAAAACUUCAGUGGCACCAAUAGUGAAUCCAGUCACGGAGACGGUGACAAUAGAGGACCAGGAAGUAGUAGAUAUGGAGACGGAAAUGAAGACAACGAAGUUAGUGAACUUGAAAGCGUGGGCGAUGGACAAUCUGAGCAAGGAUUUGGACGAGGAGGCGGAUCUCCUCAGUUUUUGUCAACUGAUUUUCCCGACACGGACCAACGAAUAUUCAGCCCUCUCGUUGGUAAUGAUUAUUUUUGUAACUUGUCCACUGAAAGUCGUAGAAACAGUUAUUCAUCCGAAUAA